ACAUUCUUCCUGCACAGCUCAGCGAGACCUCAGCCAUGAGACUUCUCCUCCUGACUUUCCUGGGAGUCUGCUGCUUCGCCGCAUGGGUUGUGGAAGGUGUGGGCACUGAAGUCCUACAAGAGAGUAUCUGUGUGAGCUUAAGAACCCAGCGGCUGCCAGUUCAAAAAAUCAAGACCUACACCAUCAAGGAGGGAGCCAUGAGAGCUGUAAUUUUUGUCACCAAACGAGGACUAAGAAUUUGUGCUGAUCCACAAGCCAAAUGGGUGAAAACAGCCAUCAAAACCGUAGAUGGCAGGUCCAGUGCCAGCAAGAGCAAGGCUGAAACUAUUCCCACACAAGCCCAGAGGUCCGCCAGCACAGCGAUAGCCCUGUCUGGGUAACAGCCUCAGGACAGUGUUACCCUCAAUCACCAAGCAGCUCAUCUCAGUUCCCAAGCUCAUGGACUAUUUACGCUAUACUUACUUUUAGUGAGAGUGUUUUAUGAAAAAAGUUAUUUUUAUUUUUUGAUGCCAUUCAUAUUCAUUUCAGAUGUUAUAACUAAUAAAUAUUUAUUUUUGA